UCGAACUGUAGAGAAGACCUCGUAUUGUAUUGCAAUUGCAAUUGCAAUUGCAAUUGCAUCUGGCAGUGGUUACGUCAUGGUCAUGACAACUUCGCCCCAGCAAACAAUAAAACUAUCUUCUGAAUACACUGAUUCUUUUCAUCUUCUGAAUACUCUGAUCUUUUCAUCUUCUGAAUACUCUCAUCCUUUCCAUCUUACUCAUUUGAUCAUCAUGUCGACCGACGUCUUACGCACUGCUCAAGCUGUAGGGAUCAUCGGGUCAGCUCUUGCCUCAGGAGGAAUCUUCUCAUUCUCCUUCUUCACCGUCCCUGCCCUCGUCCUCCCUGCCCGAAACCCAGAGACACCCCUUACACCACUCACGGAACCAACGCCCGGUUCCUCGCUCCCACACAUCACACACCAAUGGCUCGCCUGCUAUAACAUGGGGAAAUCCACGCUGCCCUUCCUGGCAGGCACCUCGGCGGCAGCGUACGCCUAUCUAGCCUGGGCGUUGCGUGAUCAGUCCGAUUUCGCCUCCGGAAGCUACCUGAUUGCUGCCGUGGCCUCGGCGGGGAUCAUCCCCUACACGCUGCUGGUGAUGGGGAGAACCAACGCCCGGCUCGAGGCCCAUGCGACGAGAGACGAUCCCGGGCAUAUCCGGGUGGAAGAGAAACAGGCUCUUCUGGGGCGCAGGGAGGCGGAGGACCGCGAGGUCCCUGCCUUGCUGGUGAAGUGGUCGGCACUGAACGCUACACGGGCGAUUUUUCCUUUGAUCGGGGCUGCUGUCGGGUUUUACGCGACGAUUUCGGUGUAAUUUAUGGGUUGUUAACUCUGUCUGCAUAUGUUGAGCUAAAUUGGAAUGACUAAAUUGGAAUGUGU